ACUCUGUUUAGUUCAGUCCAAUCCUUGCUACCAUGUUCCUUUCACUUGUCCUGCUGGGGCUAUGCAUUUGCGUCAUUAUCCUUCAACUAAAGCCCAGGAGGCCCAAGAACUUUCCACCAGGACCCCCUGUCCUGCCCAUCCUGGGGAAUAUUUUGCACAUUAACCCACAGAACCCCUUGGAGGACUUGGACAAAUUGAGGAAGUCGUACGGAGAUGUCUACAGUCUGUUCAUCGGUAGAAGACCAAACAUAGUCAUCAAUGGGGUGAAGGCCAUGAAGGAGGCUAUGGUGAUCAAGGCUGCUGAAUUUGCUGGACGACCUCAAGACACAUUUGUUAAUGAUGUCUUCAACGAUAACGGAGUGAUUCUGGAAGAUUAUGGCCCUAGUUGGAAGGAGCAUCGUCGCUUUGCUCUGAUGACUUUGAGGAACUUUGGUCUGGGGAAGAAAUCGAUGGAGGAGAGAAUUCAUGAUGAGAUUCAACACACCAUUAAAACACUGGAUGAAAGCACCGGCAAAACUCUUUGUCCUCAAGUUAUGUUUCAUAAUGUUGCUUCCAACAUCAUCUGUCAAGUUCUGUUUGGUACACGCUACGAGUAUGAUGACGAGUUCAUCACAACAGUGAUUCAGUGCGCAACUGAGAUUGCCAAGAUUGCCAAUGGACUGUGGGCAAUGCUGUAUGACACUCUUCCCUUCAUUCGUAAGCUGCCACUGCCCUUCAGCAAGGCCUUCAAGAAUGCAAAGCGUUCUACUGACCUUGUACUUCGUUUGUUGAACGAGCACAAGAAGAGCAGAGUCCCUGGAGAGCCUCGAGACUUUAUUGAUUGCUACCUGGAUGAACUGGAUAAGAAAGCAGAGGAUUCUACAUUUUCAGAGGACAAACUCAUUCUUACUGCUAUAGAUAUUCAGUUUGCUGGGACUGACACGACCUCCAACACCCUGCUUACUGCUUUCCUUUACCUUAUGAACCACCCACACAUACAAGAACGAUGUCAGCAGGAAAUAGACCGGGUGUUGGAAGGGAAGGACCGGGCCUGUUUUGACGACAGACACCAGAUGCCCUAUGUGCAGGCUGUGAUCCAUGAGUCGCAGAGGAUUGCCAACACUGUUCCACUCAGCGUCUUACAUUGUACGACUAAAGACACAGAACUCAUGGGAUAUUCCAUUCCCAAGGGUACGAUGAUCAUCCAGAACUUGAGCUCAGUGCUGAAUGAGCAGGGACAGUGGAAAUACCCUCAUGAAUUCAACCCUGAAAACUUCCUCAAUGACCAAGGAGAGUUUGUCAAACCAGACGCCUUCAUGCCUUUCUCUGCAGGUCCUCGGGUGUGUCUCGGAGAGGGUCUGGCUCGUAUGGAGCUCUUCCUCGUCAUGGUGACUCUGCUGAGGAAGUUUAAGUUCAUCUGGCCUGAGGAUGCAGGAGAACCUGACUAUACUCCAAUCUUUGGGGGCACUAUGACUCCCAAACCGUAUCCCAUGAAGGUCCAACACAGGGUUUGAACUGCUCUAAACAUGCUAAAAGUUGCAACAAAAAUAAAGUUUGACCAAUUGG